AUGGCGAUCAAUGAAGACGAUAAAAAAGCACAAAAAGGCUUAAAAACUGUUAUUGAUCUUGUUCAAAAAACAUUCCAAGAACUCAAACAACAGCCAACAUCGCCUGUAGAUGUUCUUGGAGACAAUGUAGCAUCGGGUAUCAACUUCAAUACAUUUUCGUGUAGUACUGUAGAUGAUAAAACCAUGGAAACCCUAACUGUGCAAAUUGGAAAUUUAUUCAAUGAAUUUCUGGUGACGUUAUCCGAAGAUUUUCGUGGAUAUAUAUUCAAUUUACUAUGUGAAUAUCAAUAUGAUAAAAAUGAAAAAAAAAUCAAAGAAAAUCUUACUAUCGGUAAUCUACCUAAGUUUCUCAAUGAUCUUGAGGCUAUUCGAGAUUCAAUCGAUGCUUUUAAAGCUGCAUGGGAUGGAAAAUUAAACCAUGUAAAAGAAUUUCUGACUAAAUAUCCAACAUAUAAGGAUAAGCCUGGUCCAUGGGGUACAACAUUACUUUAUUCGGCAGCUAAAAACGGCCAUAUAGAGCUUGUCAAGUAUCUUAUUGCCGAUACUGGAUGCUGUGUUAAUGCUCAAAACCAGCAACAUAUUGAGAGAGCUUUAUCAUUUGAAACUAUAACAGCUGAUGAUUAUAAAGUGAUUCCUAAAGCGGGUUCGACUGCUUUACAUGGGGCAUGUUUCGAAGGGCAUUUAGAUGUUGUCGUAUAUUUAGUUGAGCAUGGUGCUAAUUAUUUUAUCAGAAAUCAAGCAGAAGAAACACCAUUGGAGAAUAUAGAAACUCGUAGACAUAUUACAGAGUACUUUCAAACUUUUAUCAAUCCUGGAUAUUCCAUAAAACGAAAAAGUCUACCCAAAGCGCCUAUUGUUCAAGGAAGCACUCAACCAGGAGAAGAUUGCAUUUGGGAAUAUAAACCAUUGUUUGAUAAUGAAUGGCUUGCUUUCGAUGUCAAUGAAUCCAAACAAUUAAGUAGAUCACUAGUAAUAAAGCCGGGCGAAAAUUUUCAACACGAAGUUCAUUUGAGUGUUGAUGCAGCAGAUUAUAGUGUUUCAACUAUUCGAUUUCUACGCUGUCAUCAAAGCGUGGGUCAGCAUGAAAAUUUAGCAUGGGCUCGAUGUCGUGGUUCAUCGAUAUUGAAUUUCGAUUGCUAUGCUUUAUGGCAAAUACUUUUCGUGAAACAUCCAGAAGCACAAUCCAAUAAUGCCAUGUCCCUUGAUGUUUUUGAUCUGCCGACGAUGGAUGAUAUGGAAUUUCGAAUUCAACUGAAUGUUUGGUAUAACUGUGAUGCAACAACC